GUGUACACUCCUAAAACUGAAAUCAUGGUCAUCAGAGUUCACUGUCUUCCGACGAAGUUCACUCCUCAGACUGAGAUCAUGGUCCUUCGAGUUCACUGUCUUCCGACGAAGUUCACUCCUCAGACUGAGAUCAUGGUCAUCAGAGUUCACUGUCUUCCGACGAAGUUCACUCCUCAGACUGAGAUCAUGGUCAUCAGAGUUCACUGUCUUCCGACGAAGUUCACUCCUCAGACUGAGAUCAUGGUCAUCAGAGUUCACUGUCUUCCGACGAAGUUCACUCCUCAGACUGAGAUCAUGGUCAUCAGAGUUCACUGUCUUCCGACGAAGUUCACUCCUCAGACUGAGAUCAUGGUCAUCAGAGUUCACUGUCUUCCGACGAAGUUCACUCCUCAGACUGAGAUCAUGGUCAUCAGAGUUCACAGUCUUCAGAUGGAGUUCACUCCUCAGACUGAGAUCAUGGUCCCCCAAGUUCACAGUUUUCAGAUGAAGUUCACUCUUCAGACUGAGAUCAUGGUAAUCAGAGUUCAGUCUUCAGAUGGAGUUCACUCCUCAGACUGAGAU